AUGGGAUAUCGUGUAAGAGGUACGGCUACAGGGGAGGUGUGGGUAGAUGGCUCACAACGUGGGAGGGCGAGCACUGCAGGACGGACUGCUGCGGGGAGUGCAGAGGGGAAUGCAGGGGGCAGCGCAGGGGGCAACGCGGCGAGCAGUGAUGCGUUUGUCAAUGAAGGGUUGCUGGUGUGGACGGAGCGGCGGCAGCAGUGGCUGGACGGGAACAGACUGCGCGGCACGGGAGGGAGAGCAGAACGCGCAGCAGCAGGAGGAGCAGCAGCAACAGCAGCAGCAGCAGCAGCAGCGGGGGUGGGCGGAGCGGGAGGAGCAGUAGGAGCGGCAGGAACAGCGGGAGCAGUAGGAGCAGCAGGGUAUGAUGUGCGGGGUGAUGGGAGUGACAGACCCAGGGCUGCUGGCCCUGUGAUCAGGCCAGGGAGCACAUACGAGGAUUUGCUCUCCACCAGUCGGCCUUUCCCCCAGCCAAUUCCCCUCCCAGAGAUGGUUCGGUUCCUCGUCAAUGUGUGGGAACAGGAGGGCCUCUAUGAUUGA